AGCGGGCGGGCCGGAGGCGCCGGCGCCAGACGCGGAGGGAAGGAGCUGCGAGUAGCCGCCGAGAGGCCGCGGAGCCAGCGACGACCGACCCAGCCGAGCCGCCGCCGCCGCCGCGCCCCCAUGGCGGCCGCCAAGGACACUCAUGAGGACCAUGAUACUUCCACUGAGAAUACAGACGAGUCCAACCAUGAUCCUCAGUUUGAGCCAAUAGUUUCUCUUCCUGAGCAAGAAAUUAAAACGCUGGAAGAAGAUGAAGAGGAACUUUUUAAAAUGCGGGCAAAACUGUUCCGAUUUGCCUCCGAGAACGAUCUCCCAGAAUGGAAGGAGCGAGGCACUGGUGACGUCAAGCUCCUGAAGCACAAGGAGAAGGGGGCCAUCCGCCUCCUCAUGCGGAGGGACAAGACCCUGAAGAUCUGUGCCAACCACUACAUCACGCCGAUGAUGGAGCUGAAGCCCAACGCAGGUAGCGACCGUGCCUGGGUCUGGAACACCCACGCUGACUUCGCCGAUGAGUGCCCCAAACCAGAGCUGCUGGCCAUCCGCUUCCUGAAUGCUGAGAAUGCACAGAAAUUCAAAACAAAGUUUGAAGAAUGCAGGAAAGAGAUCGAAGAGAGAGAAAAGAAAGCAGGAUCAGGCAAAAACGAUCAUGCUGAAAAAGUGGCGGAAAAGCUAGAAGCUCUCUCGGUGAAGGAGGAGACCAAGGAGGAUGCUGAGGAGAAGCAAUAAAUCGUCUUAUUUUAUUUUCUUUUCCUCUCUUUCCUUUCCUUUUUUUAAAAAAAUUUUACCCUGCCCCUCUUUUUCGGUUUGUUUUUAUUCUUUCAUUUUUACAAGGGACGUUAUAUAAAGAACUGAAUUCAACAUUCAGGUUGUUUUUUUUUUUGUUUCUAAGUUUUUGCCCUAUUGAAGAUGACUUCAGAAAAUCCAUUCCCCAGUCAUGAAAAUGUACUGUGCUAACUUUCUUUUCCAUAGUGGAAACACUUAUUUAUAGUCAUCAAAAAUAGUGAAUAAAAAACACAUUUGGAACCUGGA